AUGCUCAAAACUCCGCCUUCUUCCGAAAAACCAAAACGAAAAUUGGAAAAAGCACAAUCUAUCGAAACUUCUUCGUCGAAUCGCCGAAUUUCGGGAUCGAUUUCGAUCUCACCGAUUUGUUUUCGACGACGCCGCAACAAAUUUCGACAAUGUCAAUCGGUUGAGCAAAGUUGCUCCAACUCUAGCUCCAGAAAAUCGCGCAUCGAAAAUUUGCGAAUAUUUUUUGCGCAGCGAAGCUCUUCCAGUCCACUCAAGAAAUCGACUGAAACUAUGAAUUCGCUGCAUAAUUUGGCUGUAGCUGCUGUGGAACCGGGAGUUUUGAGGAAGAGUAUCAGCGAAUUUGUUAUUGGGUGUGAGUUUUUGAAAUUGAAAUUCAUAUUUGACUGCGUACCUGGGUUUCUUUAGCUGAGUAUCAAACGUAGCCACAUUUUUCUAUCCGAAGAAAUUCACUGUUUCAAAAAUUUUAUGAGGUUUUGAAUUUCUGGUAGUUUUUUAGUGCUGAUUAUUCUCGCGAGUUUCUCCAAUUUGACUGCGUACAUGGUUUUUUUUAGCUGAGUAUCUAAUGUGAUAACAUUUUUCCAUCCCAAAAAAUUCACUGUUUCAAAAAUUUUAUGAGAUUUUUGGGUUUUCGGGAAAUUUUGAUUCAUCUCCUGAAUUUUCCUAUGAAAAAUAAUUCACUGUUUCAAAAAUUUUAUGAGAUUUUUGGGUUUUCGGGAAAUUUUGAUUGGGCGUUUUCUAUAAUUUUCUCAAAAUUGUCUGAUUUUCUGAUAAUUUUCAGUAAUUUUCAGUUCUUCAACUCCUAAUUUGACUGCGUACGUGAUUUCUUUAGCUGAGUAUCAAAUGUGACAAUUUUCCAACAUUUUUCUGAUUUUCUAAAAAAAUUCACUGUUUCAAAAAUUUUAUGAGAUUUUAGGGUUUUUGGGAAAUUUUGAUUCAUCUCAUGAAUUUUCUUAUGAAAAAUAAUUCACUGUUUCAAAAUUUUUAUAAUAAAUUCCUGGUUUUUUUGUAUUUUUAGUGUUUCUCAAAAAAUUGACUGCGUAUUUUAUUUUGUUGGCUGAGUAUCAAAUGUUAAAAUUUUUAAUUUGACAUUUAAGUAAUUUUUCAUAAGCUGACAUUAUAUUUUUCUUCCCUGGAGGUUUUUUUUUGGAAAAAUCAUGAUUUUUUUCGACACAGGCAAAUUCAUAUGGAUACAUAAUUGAUACAUUAUGGAUCCAUCAUCCAUAAUCGACCCAUUUCGGAUACAUCACCGGUCCAUAUAAGAUCCAUCUGACAUCAAUCAGUAGUGAUGUACCCAUGAUGGGUCUCAGAUUGAUACUCAGCUGGUCGAUGGGUAGCUGAUUGAUUCAAAAUGGACCGAUGAUGGAUCCAUAAUGUAUCAAUUAUUGAUAAAUCAUCAAGUCCUUCUUCACAGUAUAGUUUUUUUGAACAUGUUUUCUCUUCCAUCCAUUCUAUUUAAGGAUAAAAAUGAUAAAUCGUCGUUUCGUAGUCACCACGAAUUCCCGAUUUUCAAAUCUAGCUCGAUUUUAUGGAUAAAAAUAAUGAACCGUGGUUUCGGAGUCAUUGCGAACUUCCGAUUUUCAAAUAAAGCUCAUUUUUAUCAAUAAAAAUGAUGAAUCUCACGAUACCUUUUUAAAUCAACUCACAUUCUUUGCUACAUUUCAAAAAAUAGUGCAUAAAUUAAAUGCUGCAAUCCAAACGCGUUUUGUAAAAUCAGAAAUGAGCAAAACAAUUCACGUGAAAUUAUUUAAACUUAAAUCUACCGUUUAAUAUAUAAGAAAGAUUUAUACAAUCUUCUCAUGAGAUAUCAUGUAUGCACAUUCUUUUGUUUAGAAGCUUCUGAUAAAGCGAAAAAAACAUUUGCUCAAUUUCGGGCUAAAUUUUGAGCUUUUACGAGUCGUUCAGCAAACACUGAUAACUGGAUAUUUCUUAGCAGGAAGAACUCUAUCGAAUGAUAUAGUGUAACUGAGUGAAGUUCACUAUAAACAUUUACAUUUCUCAAAAACCGAAAAAUUGAAAAUCGACCGAAACAAGGGAUGAAUUUAUAAUCAUUUUGUUCAGCUUGAAAUUCUGAGUCGAAUGGUGUAUAUCAUUUUCACUCAAGUGCUCUUAAUUGGUGCGGAAAAGUGUAACAUUAAAGGCGCAGACAUUUCAAUGAAUUUAUCCUGCAGCGAAAUGUGUGUGUGUGUACUUCUCUCGGACGAUUUGCACGCCACAUUUUUUUUUCUUUUUUUUCGUUUUUUUUUGUGUGUUUCCCGUUUCAUAGAGAAAUUGAGUGUUAAAAACUGCGGAAAACAUAUAGAAUAUGUUCCUCGACUAGGAUCUAGCAGCAAAUGUCAUCAGAACUUUGAAAUUCGCAUAUUGAACAUGAAUUUAGGCCAGAAACUUUGAAAAAUUGGUUUUUUUCGAUUUUAGGUAGUGAAACGAGACAUUUUUUCAGUUUCAGCUGAAAAUUGAAAUACCCUAUAUCGUACUUACUUGAAUUUCGCACACAUUGAUUUACUACUUUUGUCAACUGGUUUUUUUCAGACAUCGCUCUCAUUCAAACAUCGAAAUCGACAUCAACUAUCUGCCAAACAGCGGUAAAUUGAUUAUUCAAAGAACUUCGUGAAUAAAAACAACUUUUCAGGUCACUACAGUGUGUACAAGAAGGUUAUCGAACUGACUGCCUAAUGCAUCAGUUUGGCUAGAAAGACACUUGGUUCGUAAUAUUGGAAUGAAGUUCAAUGGCGAGAAGAAACUGUUUUCAAAUAUCUCAGGAAGUAUUGCUCACCAAUCCAUGUUAUCGCUCACACUCAGGUUGGUUAACUUGAAUGAGAACAUUUUUUCAAAUGGUUCUUUCUUUUCAGGCUAAGGUUCUCUAUCGUCGUGCCAAAUAA